UAUGAUUGGUUACGUUCCGACAUGAUUUGGUUGUGUCAAAUGUGUAUUUAAUAAUUAAAAGAACUUUUCAAAGUAAUUUUUAUACUUGAACAAGUUUACUUUUAAGUUGAACAAAUUUUCCUUUUACUGCAUUUAUUCACUGUUAAUUAUGUCAGAUAUGCAAAUGGAUUGUGCGUUAGAUUUGAUGCGUCGUCUUCCCCCUCAGCAAAUUGAGAAAAACUUGAGUGAUUUGAUUGACCUAGUACCUAGCCUUUGUGAAGAUCUUCUGUCCUCUGUUGACCAACCUCUGAAAAUUGCCAGAGAUAAAGAAUCAGGCAAGGACUAUCUGUUGUGUGAUUACAAUAGAGAUGGAGACUCAUACAGAUCUCCUUGGAGCAAUACUUAUGACCCUCCUCUGGAAGAUGGAUCAAUGCCUUCGGAGAGACUGAGAAAGUUGGAAAUAGAUGCCAAUCAUGCAUUUGAUCAGUAUAGAGAAAUGUAUUUUGAGGGUGGUGUAUCUUCAGUAUAUUUGUGGGACUUAGAUCACGGAUUUGCAGGUGUCAUAUUAAUAAAGAAAGCGGGGGAUGGUUCUAAGAAGAUUAAGGGUUGCUGGGAUUCAAUACACGUGGUUGAAGUUCAAGAAAAGUCUCGUAGUGCACGUUACAAGCUGACAUCUACGGCGAUGUUGUGGCUGCAGACGAACAAGACUGGCUCCGGCACCAUGAACCUGGGAGGGAGUCUGACAAGACAGGUUGAAUCAGAAGCAAACGUAUCAGAAGCAUCUCCUCACAUUGCAAAUAUAGGAAAAAUGGUAGAAGACAUGGAGAAUAAAAUUAGAAACACUUUAAAUGAAAUUUACUUUGGUAAAACAAAAGAUAUAGUGAAUGGUCUACGCAGUGUUCAGCCCUUGUCUGAUCAGAAGGUACAGGCAGCGUUGCGGCAAGACUUGGCAGCAGCGCUUCAGAAGCGCCAAGCUAAGGCGGAUAACUGAGAACUACUGCUCUACACGGACUGAAGAAGCAGAAUUGGAAUGAGAGACUCUCCAUUCCGAGGAUAUGUGCAAUCUUGUCUCUUCAUGAACUCAGCACAACAAUGUUAUUCGCACAUGUUCUGGACUAUAUAAUUAUCUGCAUUCAAUGAAGAAGUAAUGAGAGCUCUAAGCCAAGUUAAAUAUGUUAUUGUAUUUUUUAUUUAUUCUUAUCAUUUGUGUUAAAAAUGUAUUCUGUCCUCCUACAAGAAAAAAAAGUAUAUUGUGUAAUUUAACUAGAUUAUAAGAACUAUUAACAACCCUAGGUGCUCAGUAUUCAAGAUUGUUUAUUAGGGUUUGAACAAUUAUAACAAUUACUAUUGCUGUUGAGAUGAACCAUGUCAGAACAUACAACUGUGUUGAGCUUCUGACAGGCCCUGGUUUAUAAAUAUUUGCAAACUUAAUAUUGACCAAUAUGGGACUCUGGUGAACUCAAAAUUGACUUGUAGUGUGUUAUGCCUUACUAUCUAUAUAUUUUACUAUACAAUAUGAAUGUGUUAAAAUCAGUUUUUCUACCUGUAUUACCAAUUUGAGAGAUUUAAAUAACAAAGUACGAUUUUAAAUCAAUGAUGUGUGCAAUUGUUUGUUAUGUGUAGCCUUGCCCCCCAUAGAAUAUUGUUGUUUCUUUUCUUAGGAAGUCUUGUUUAAUUAACUCUUUGGCUCUCAUACUUGGUGGGGAAAAUUUAAGUCUAAUUUGGCUUCUAAAGUAAAUAAACAAGUGAAUCCAAAAGUUUUAAUUGGAUUCUAUACCAUGGGAAAUCUGGUGUUGGUCAUAUUGGUGGGCUGCUGGAAUCUAGUUUCCCUGCCCAAAUCCAUCCUUUCACUACACAAGGACGACCCGGACACGUUUACAUGGCUACAUGGGUUAGAACAGAUGUUGGGUCAUACAUAAAAUUCAUCCCCAAUACAUAAUAAUCGAGUGUACAUUACAUUGAGUAUAUAGUAAAUGGGUUGUAACAUAGUACAGUUUUUUAACAGUAGUCUAAUUAUUUUUUAAGUUUGUUUUUAAUCACUUCUUUGAGUCAGGGUCUACUCAAUGAAGCCAUAUUCUCUUAUUGUGUUCUCCCCUACAAUGGAUGAAUCAAAAUAUGUUAACUUAAUUGAAAGUACAACGAGAACUAAUUGGUCAAUAUAAAGACUUUGGGGAAAAGCCAUGGCAAGGCAUGUAGGAGUGAAAGUGGGUGCCUAGUUUUAUCUUUGUUUAGGAUACCGCUGCAAAACCAGGGCCUGGAUUCCUGAAAAAAUAAAUGGAGAUGUAAAAUUUCAGAGUAAAAAAAUAUAUACACAUAUAAAAAUAUUGUUCUAUAUUCAAAUUUAACUCGACAAAAGUACAUGUAUUUAAUUAAUUUUUAUUAAUAAAUUCAAAAAGUAAUAUAGAAGUUAACGUUGUUAUAUACUCUAUUGAUUUACACCAAUAAGCAAUGUUUCUGCUAAAUCCUGCUCAGACGAAAGAGACUAGUUGAUGAGGUUAGCAAGCGCUGCACUCUGUUAUUAGUCUUUUUUUAGAAAUCAGUUAUUAAUGACUACAAAAAUAUUAUCAAUAAAUUGUUUGAAAACCUCUGAGCUAUUUUAUAUCCACUUGGUCACUCCACCACAGCACCACAUGGGUGGUUUCUUGUUGUGGAGUUGCCGUCACAUACAGUUUAACAUGUUGACUGAGGAGAUGCCAGUAUGAGGUGCUCGUUCUCAGUACAGGCUAGACUGAGUUGUUUAAUGUGAACAAUUUUACUGUCUUCCACAAUCACACUUUAUUUUUUUAAAUUGAUUGAAAUGUUACAACUAUUGUAUUGAAGGAGGCGUGUAUAAUGUGUAAUUUGAAAUAAUUUGUGUGUGUAUAUCUUUUUUUGCUGGAACUCUCAUUAGUUUAAUUUUGAAUUUAAUAGUCUUGAGAAACUUUGAUCAUCAAAUGGUCUUAGUUGGUCCUUUGGUACAUUUUUCAAAAACUACUCGCUGUCCAUAAUAUAGACGUGUAAUUAUGUAAGUGUGCAUAUAAUUACACCUCCAUGUUAACAUGGUAGUAUGUUUUAUCUAAGUGUAUUAUAACACAGUUAAAAAGUAAUUUUCCAAAUUUCUCACUCAGAUUUGAUUAUCUUAUUCCUGGAGAAAAAGCUACUGACAUAGUUUGCUCUUGGGUAUUGUACUGUUUCUGUAAAACAUAGAAUUUAUCAACUAUUUCAAUCUAUAUUGUAAUAUUAUAAUGUAAAUUUUAGCAUAUUAUAUAUAUAUGAAUAUAUUUUAUAAAAAUGAUACAAUAUUAUUUUCUUAUCUUGUUGUGUUUGAUGGUAAUAGCUUUGCUUCAGCUUUUUGCCUUUGACUGUGUGCUAUUAUAAUUACGCAGUUUUCAUUUAUUGCAUUUGUACUAUUAAAUAAAUAUUGUUCGGUUCAUUAAUAUGUUUAAAGCAAUGUCUUUGAAGACGUAUUUGUUGGUAUGAUUUUGUAUUUAAUAUUGUUUCAUUAUUAUUUAAUUAUACAUAUUUCAAGUGAUAACAAUGUAAAUAUCUAACAAAGGCAAUGGCAUUAAAUUAUUAUAUGUUUAAUCCAUCUUAAAAUAGUUUCCCUAAUGAAAAGUAGUUCUUUACGUAAAUAUUAAUUAAAUCCUUUAUAUGGCUCAGAUUGUAUUUUAACAUGGCUCAUUAUUGUUUGAAAAAAUAUAAUUUUAAUCUUCAGCUAUCUCAAUUGUUUAACGUGCUUUAGACAUUCAUGAUUUAAUUUAUUUAGAUAUUUACCAAGUUUUGGGGAAAUUUUGAAAUGCUUACAAAGGAAAUGUAAGGAGCCAUGUUAAUUUUAAUAUACAUAUAUUGUUUGAA